UGAAAUUUUUAUAAUUUAGGUAAUGUUAAAAUUAAAUAUCUUCAAAAGAAUAACAUUUCUAAACAAAUUGCACUCAAAUAAAAUUUUAAAGAAGCGUUAUUUUGUAUAUUGCUCAUUUGCAAGUGGAGCCUUUUUAACAUGGUGUGCAUGUGAGGGAAGGAGUAAUGAGACAGAGACAGGAAAAGAUGGUAGCAUUUUGAAAGUUAAGAAGCGCCUGCAGUUAGAAUACAAUGACAGAAUCCUCCACAGUAGCAUUGUGCGCUUUGGCAGAGCAGCCGUUGCGGUUGUUUCUGUAUUCACUGAUUAUAAAUAUUCCUUAAUGGGGUUGGAUGCUGAAACAGAAAAAUACAAAUGUUUAAAAUCAGAGUGUCACCUGCGAUCCGCUAUAAAAUUUCGAAACUUAUGCUCCAGUAAUGGAGGGGUGUUUAUGAAAGUGGCACAACAUAUCGGUUCACUGGAUUUCCUGUUUCCUGCAGAGUACACUGAAACACUAAAAUGUUUUCAGUAUGAAGCUCCUGCAAGUUCGUUUGAAGAUGUCUGCUUUGUUAUAGAGACUGACACAAAACAAAGAAUGGAAGAACUUUUUUCAAGCUUUGAGCAAAAACCAAUCGGCUCUGCAUCAUUGGCUCAGGUUCAUAAAGCCACACUUAAAAAUGGCGAGAUGGUAGCAGUUAAAGUUCAGCAUAGAACGGUGAAAGAACAUGCUUUUGCAGAUGCUAAAGUGAUCGAGUUUUUCGUCAACAUUGCAACCAAGAUGUUUCCUGAAUUUCGAUUUCAGUGGUUAGUCGAUCAAAUUAAGGCCAAUUUGCCUUUAGAAUUGGAUUUUCUAAACGAAGGGAAGAACUGCGAGAAGAUGGGGGAUAUUUUAAAAUGUUUCAAAUAUCUGAAGGUCCCGCAGAUAUAUUGGAAGGAAUCGACAGAAAGAGUUCUAUUCAUGGAGUUUUGUCAUGGCGGUGUCAUCGACGAUCUAGAAUACAUUCGAAAAAAUAAAAUUGAUGUUAACGAUAUAUCAACAAAACUGGGUCGCCUGUACAGUGAGAUGAUCUUUGUGCAUGGUUUUAUUCACUGUGAUCCUCAUCCUGGUAAUAUCUUAGUGCGAAAAAGUGAAAAGGACAGUAGGGCAGAAAUCAUCUUGCUUGACCACGGCCUAUAUCAGACGAUGGAUGACGAUAUUCGUCUUGCGUACUGCAAGUUGUGGCAAAGCAUGAUGGAAUCCGACGUGAAUGGGAUCAAGAAAUACAGUGAAGCGUUGAAUGUGGGCAAGUACUACAACCUGUUUGCAUGCAUUGUUGCUGGAAGAACGUGGAACUCUAUACAGCAUGGUAUCGAUAAAAAAGAUUUGACUGCUGAAGAGCUUCGAGAAGUUCAAGAAGAUGCAAUCAAGUAUAUCACCAACAUUACAGAAGUGCUAGAGUUGAUACCACGUGAGAUGAUUUUAAUAUUCAAAACAAACGAUCUUCUGCGUGGACUUGACGGAAGGUUAAAAACAAAAGCCACAUCGGGUUCCUUCGUAACUAUGGCGCAAUGUUGUUUGCGUGCUGUUUAUAGCAACGAUAUGGCUAGCACCGUUUCCAUAGUUACAAAAUGGCGACUAAGUUGCGCAUAUGCAAUUAAUAAUUUACGAUUAUUGGCGUAUCGGUUUUCCCUGUCGCCCUUUGGUCAAGUUUUAGUCACUAUUUUGGAUCAAUUUAAAAGAAGUAUAGACAAAGUAACGAAUCACGUGUUUGUCACGUGACUAAUCAAUUCAUUUUUGAAUUUAUAGUUUUUUUAAAUAAGAAUAGAAAUGUUAAUCAGUUUAUAAAUAAAUAAAAAAAUAUGGAAAUUUUCAUAU